AUGAAAAGGCACACAAUUCUUAUAAAAUUUUGUUAUCGUAGAGCUCUUAACUUCCUUAUUGAUGGGUACGGUAAGGGAAUAAUAAGAAGCUUUGUUGGUGUUCCGGAGACUGUAUCAGAUAUUAUACCCGUGGACAUGGUGGUAAAUUCCAUGAUAGUAGCAAUGGUGGCUCGUUCUAAGAAUCUUUGCACGAAUUUGAUCUACAAUAUUAGUUCUUCAUUGAGAAAUCCAAUCAACUUUUCUGAUUUUCUAGAUAACACGUAUUGCUAUUUUAAAAAAAAUCCAUGGAUAAAUAAAAAUGGAAAACCGGUACUUAUUGCAAAAAAGAUGGCAUUAUUCUCUACAAGUAUGGAUGAGUUUGACCCAAACAAGGGAUCAAAGAUGGAGUCAGCGAUAGAACUCUUUAGACCUUACACUAUCUUUGAGGGCAUCUUUGACGAUCAGAAUGUAGAAAAUUUACGGAUGGUAGCAAAGAGAGCUAUUGAUGAGGGAUUUGACUUUGAUCCUAGAAAUAUUAAUUGGAAGAACUACUUGAUGAAUGUCUAUAUUCCAGGUGUAAUGAAAUACUCUAUGCGAAGUAAGAUGUAAUAUGGAGCAAGAGUAUCCCUUUAUGCACAUCAGCUUUUCAUACGCAAUUUUAACUAUUCAUCUACUAUUAUGUUACAAUAAAAUGAUAUUCAAUAAAUGUAAUAAUAUGAAACCAUUAUAUCUGA